AAAAAAAGUACGAAUAUGAAGGAACAGCAGAUCUUAUAGUCUAUAUAUUGCAGUGGACGAACACAAUAUACAUGACAUACGAGGAGACUUUCACCACAACGUUUGAUAGAAACUGAGUACUAAGCAUCCUUCAAGAAUCAAAGACAUAAGAGUUGGGUUUUUUGGUAAAAAAAAUCCAACACGGCUGAAUAUCCCAUUAUAUUUAUAAUUUAGUAAGAAAGGCUGAAUGGCUUGCUUUAAUGGAACAGAUGAUUCGUCUGCGGGUUUCGUGAUUGGUGCAGUUUUUUCUUUGGCAGAUGACCAAGAAAAAAUAAUACCCGAAAACGACGACGCCAACAUACAAGACAAACGUUCACAAACACAUGAUGAUGAUAUAUAUCUUCAAAACUUUCUUAGCAGUAGUCCUAUUCCUGUUAAAAAAUGUUCAGUGCGAGUCAAAAACUUCAUUGAAAAAGAUAUUCGAAACACUCUAACAGAAGCUUGUAACAAUGCUAUCGUAAAGCAAGAACCCGCUGUCGAAAAUGAACAACAGUCAACAAACACCGAAGAGAAUAUUACAAAUCGAGCGAAUCAGGUUGAUAGGCGGCCAUCUAGGAAACGAAAACCUAAUUCUUUAAUGUCAUCCGAUUUUUUGUUCAAGGCGACAGAAAUACGUGAAUUCCAGAAGUCAAUAUCUAGAAGGACUAUAAAGCAAGAUGCAGUUACUUGUCAGAUUGACCACGACCUUGUAAUGUCGGUCGCCGAGAAAUGUAUUCCAGAAGUAGUAGAAAAAUCCGGUACAGAAGACAUCAAGAUGGUUAGCAUUUUGCCACCAACAUUAAAAGUGAAUAUAAACGACACCUCAGUGCUAGUAGAUUGGAAAGCGAAAAUUUCUCAUACUGUAUCUGAAUCUGAAGUUAAAAAACGUAGUCGCCCACAGACCGCUAGAACUAAAAAGAAGCUUCGCACUCAAGAACAAAUUGACUUAGAAAAUUCUAAAAAGAAUAGAAAAUCCAAACCUAGGCCUAAGAGUAAAAAGAAAACUACCGUGGCCGAUCCUUCACCACCGCAUUUGGAACCAUAUGGUGGACAGCUAUUACAUAUUCAUUCAUCUAAAUAUAUGUCAUCUCCAAGUAGCCCGGAUGGUUUACCACCACAACUGAAGCCUUAUGAAAUAGCUUCAAGUGAAAGCCGUACUUCAAUUCAUAAAACAUCAGACGGGAAAAGUAAUUUGAAGAAACCACCAAAGCUUGAUCAAAUAAUUAGAAAUGAACAAAGCAGUCGAGAACACAGCCCAUUAGCUGAUAACAGAGUUCCGUGUAGUUUAACAGGGCGAAUGCGGAAACCAAAUCAACAGUUUGAAAAGGACUUCCUUACUGGAACUAUUAAAUAUAAAAAAGAAGAUCCUCACAAACAGAUAUCGAAUAACAAGGACUCAGAUAACUCAACAUCACAAAACAAACUUGAGGAACACAAUAGUACCAUUGAUCAUGACAGUAAUAAAGUUCACGUGACAAUGUUACCAAACAAUAAACACUCGACAGUAUCGUCAGAUACAAUGUCUUACAUAAUACAAACGGCUAAUCAGUUUGCAGACAAGCACACUGAGAAAACACAGGUUAUUAAAAGUAAAGCGAUUUCAUCUUCAGGGACUGGUUUACAAAUACCAAAGACCACACAACAGAAAACCUCAACAAACACAAAAUUAACAUCUGCAAUAGGAGAACUUGCAAAAAUGGAAAAUACUAAGAAAUUUUUUCAGCUUAUAGUGGGUGAUAAAGUAGUCUUGAUCCCUACUAACGGAGAAAGUGUUGUACCUAAAGCCUUUGUAAUGGACAUUGCCGCAACUCGACCUGGUUCUUCAAUUGCUCUUAAUAAACAAACAGUUUCUGCAUCUAACACUCCAAAAACUUUUAUGAUGAAUAUCGCAGGAACAAAACAAGAAAACACCAUUUCUCAACCACGAUCUAUACAAUCUUCGUCCUCUGUAUUGAUUGCGUCAGCACAGGGUCAAAAUGUUCAAACGCAGCCAAUUGUGAAUAAAGUGUUGAUUCAAAAGCAGAGCACUAAUCAAAUAGUACAAAACACUUCCGUUUCGUCACCGCAGAAUAUGCAAGGAUCUCAAAGAAUGCCACUUCUUGCCAAUGUCUUAGAGUCCGCUACAAGACCAACAAUUUUGCCGAAUCCGAUAUUAAGACCGGUAACAACUCCUUUAUUAUCGAACAUACCAAUAACAGUUGGUCCAUCAGGUCAGACGAUUUUAUAUCCGUUUGGUAGAAGUACUGCUCCAAACAUUGGACAGCCAUUUCCUACAUUCAUUAUAACAAACACUUCUCAGGCAACAAACGGACAGCCCCCAGUGGUUACUUCUGUUUUAAAAGACGUCAGAUCUAGUAUAUCUACGUCACCAGGAAUUACUAUAAAGACAGAACCGGCUAGUACAGUUUCUAAUCCUGCAAGACCUGCUAUUAAAAAUGAACCGAAUAAUAUCAAAGAUUAUGAAAAGGCAGCAUCAUCUUUCAAAGGAGUUCCUGAUGAUGGCAGUGAAACAGAGAGUGAUGACGAAACCCAAAGUGCUCAAUCAGAAAGACAGUCUACUAAAACGAAGGUAUUAGUACCGGAAGUGGGCGUUCACGUACCCGCUUCUGAAAGCGAGACUAGUGAAAGAAUCCGUAAACUCAAAGAAAAGCUUCGAGAACAACGAGUGCAGGUUGAAAACAUGCGAAAAAAUAUGCCAACGAGAAGUGAAAUCAAUGACCACAAUUCGUAGAAACGAUAUAGGAACGGUCCAAGUGAAAUUUAUAUUCGUUUUAUAUGAUAAUAUUAAUAAGACUGUGUUAACUAUAAAUGUAUGCCUCGAUACAUUGUGUUUGUUGAAAUGAAUGAACGAAGUUCGGUGGCUAUAAAAAUCCACGAAUACUUGAAAGGGUUCUUUGUUUAUCUUUUAAUAUGAAGUCUUCAUUUUAUACUACAUCAUUUGUUUUUAAUUUUUAUUUAAUAUUUUACAUAGUGCUGAAUGAUUUCUUUUCCUGAUUCUGAUGCCAACAUUUAAAGUUUGCUUUUAAA